AUGUUUGCAAUCAAUCAUUUAACGUUCAAUCCAAUUUGGUUAAACAUAAACUUAUUCACGUUGCAUUUGCUUAUCGAAGCAGCUUUAAGCAAAUAUAAAAUAAUUCACACUGGAGUGAGACGUUUUUUGUGUGAUAUUUGCGAUAGACCUUUUAAAACGAAAAAAGAUUUAGUUCAACAUGAACGACUCCAUAGUGGUGAAAAACCAUUUGUAUGUAAUGUUUGUAAUAAAGCAUUUGCACAACACAGCAGCUUCUACAGACAUAAAAAAGUUCAUAAUAAGAUACUUUGUGAUAUUUGUGGUAAAAUAUUUAAGUGUGAACAGGAUUUAAAUAAACAUGAACGGAUACAUGGUGAAAAUCCAUUUUCUUGUGAAAUUUGUAAUAAAUCAUUUAAAAAUCAAAGAAAUUUAACAAAUCACAAACGAUAUAUUCAUAGAACAAAAUUAUUUUCAUGUGAUGUUUGUAAAAAAUUAUUUUCCAUACAUAGUCAAUUAGUUCGACAUAAACAGAUUCCAGUAAAAUAAAAACGUUCUCUUGUGAUGUGAUUUAAUUAAACAUAAACGA